CACAAUGGCACCAAAGAGAAAGAGCAAUUCCAAGGUGGCAAAACCAGCCCCCAAGAAACUGAAGAGUGAUACCUCUCUCUGGACUUUGGACCACAUCAAACAGGUGUCUCAAGAUGUUAUUGAAAAGUCCAGUUAUAAUGAUAUUGUCAAAUUGAUCGAUCAGUAUUCAUACAUCAAAUCCGCUUUAAUUCAAACAGAAGAUAGCUCAGUCGAGUCGAUCGGACGUCAGCUCACCAUCAAUAUGUAUCAGAUUUUUCAGCACCUAUUCCAAGCAGGCUUGCUUAGACCCAGUAAGAAAUUUGAUGAUAAAAAGAUGAUUUUGGUCAAGUGGUUGGUAGACAAGUAUGAUCGUUUUAAGAAAAUCAUGUACCAGUUUCUCCUGACAAGCUUAAGUUUCAAAUCUUCAUUGCAGUUGGAUAUCCUAGAUGUCAGUUUGAAUGUUUUGAGAUUGGAGAACCAAUAUCUUAAGUCUUCAAAAGACGAUUUAUACUUCCCAACUAGUACCUAUAAAGCCAUAGUUAAAAGCUUGGUCUGCAGUGAAGUUGGUACUGUGUUACUGGACAAUACCAUAGAUGAUUUUAUCAUGCUUGAAUUUCAGGAAAAACUCCACAAGUACUAUGAUUUGCAGUUCUAUUUUUUUCAGUGUUUAAACGAGUUGGUGGAACAAGACGAAAUACCCGACCAAAAUCGGUUGUUCUCCAUUUUCUACACAUUAGUGAAGAUACCAUUGGCCUUUGAAGAAAACCCAAAGGAAUUGAGGGCUAUCAAAACCUUCAUUUCGAAACCUCCCACCACCAUCUUCAAGCCUUCCCAUUUCAAAAAAGCUUUCCAGACAUUGGUGAUUUCAAUAUUAUCGUUCAAAUUGACCUCCAGUCAAUAUAAAUGCAUUCUCUUGAUCCUCAAUAAGAGAAUAUUACCCUACCUUGCCCAGCCAUCUCGGUUAAUGGACUUUUUAACUGACAGUUAUGACACAUCUGACUUAAUCAUUCAAAUCCUUGCAUUAAACUCCUUAUAUGAAUUGAUGAAACAGUACAAUUUGGAGUACCCAGACUUCUACACCAAGUUGUACUCGCUACUCACUCCAGAAUUGUUAUUUAACAGAUACAGAUCUCGGUUUUUCAGAUUAUCAGACUUGUUUUUGUCCUCCACCCACUUAUCAUCCAACCUAGUGGCAUCUUUCAUCAAAAAACUCGCCCGCUUAUCCAUUACUGGGCCUGCUCCAGGGGUGGUAAUUAUCAUCCCUUUCAUCUACAAUCUAUUCAAGAGGCAUCCAAGUUGUAUGAUCAUGAUCCAAAAUCCUCUGCAAGAUCCCGAUACUUAUGAGGAUCCUUAUGACAACAACGAGCUUGAUCCCUUAAAAACCAAUGCUAUAAACUCAUCAUUGUGGGAGCUCGAAGCGUUGAUGAACCACUAUCAUCCCAACAUUUCUACUUUGGCAAAGAUAUUCACCGAGCCGUUCAGAAAACCCAAUUACAAUUUAGAGGAUUUUCUUGAUUGGUCUUUCAAAAGCUUGAUAGAAUCGGAGAUCAACAGGAAGUACCGGUCGAUGGCCGCUUUAGAAUUCGAUAGCUUUGACCAGCUUUUUGACCAUGUGACUGGCACUUCUGAAGGGUCGGAGCCUGAAUCCAAAACAACGGUGUAUUUAGAAGGAUGGACUAUUUAGUACAGUAGUUAAUUAAUUUAACCUGAUUAGGAAAGGUAAUG